AUGGCUAAAAAGCACGCAGGAAAUGAUGAGCUACCGGACGGCCUCGUCAUACCUUCCUACCUCUACCGCAUGCUCCGGAAAGACGAUCUAGCGAAGGCGUGCAAAUCGGCAAACCUAGAUGAUAAGGGCAAGAAAGACGAUCUGAUUGCGAGGCUGCUUGUCGAUGGCGCCAGGUUGGAGCUCCUAACAAAUGACGCACUGCAAACCCUGUGUUCCAAGCUAGACGUGUCAACCAGUGGCAACAAGACGGCGCUGGUGCAACGAUUGGACGAAGGCGGUCUAAAAGCACUGUGUCAAUAUCUGGGUCUUCCUGUGAGUGGCAACAGGGCCGACAUGAUCAAACAGAUCAGGAGGAGUAAAACGGCCCACCAAGAAGAAGAGGAAACUCAGAAGAAAGAUGCCGUUGCAAAGAGCGAAUCGAAGACCCAAGCGAAGAACGAUCCUCAAAAGGAACGGAAGAUGGGAAAGGAUGAAAAGAAGCUGCUACAAGAACGUCUCGCAGUGCUCUACAACGACGAUCUUUCGGAGGAGUGCCGCUUGCGAGAUCUGCCGGUCUCCGGAGCGAAGGACGUGCUGGUCAAACGGCUGGUCGAUGACGGGUUGGAGCUAUCAGAGCUCUUGAAGUUUCAACUCCAGUUGAUCUGCUUUUCUGAGGACCUUAGCGAAUCUGGCACGAAGGGGAAACUCCUCGAGCGGCUGAAAAACGCCUCGGGAAGCGUGCCGCGGAAGGGGAAAAAGGAAGUUGAGGAGAAGAAGGCAGCCGUCUCCGCGUCAGUCAAGCUCAUCUCUACGUCCGGGGGAGAAGCUAUGUCGAGAAAUGCUUACCGAGAGCUUCUACGAAAAGCGUACCUCCUCGAGGACGAUCAAGACGUGUACCACAUCAUUGCUUCCGAAAAUGGCGGGGCCGACCACACCCAUAAUUAUCAUUACGCCCAAAACCAGGCUUGGAACCGCGCCAUCGGGGCUCAGCACGACUACAUAAACUGCUUCAUGGCUGGGAAAAUAAAAGCCCAGAAAGCGGUAGCAAUCUCUCGAGAAUUAGGCAAUAAGAAGGGAAAGAAGUAUACGGGGCCGUCCGCCGACGAGCUCUACCACCAUGGUGAAGACGUGAUGCGGGGCAUCCGCCGCGAGAAUAGAGGUCGGUGGGCGGACAUCCAGCGUCUUUACGGAGGCUCGCUGGAAACAUGA